UCUUUGUAUUCGUGUGCACUUGUUUCCAUAUUGUAGCAGAAUAGGGGAUUUUUUUAACCAAAACUUCAUAUGUAAUUGAACGCAGCUAGAAUUGCAGCAUCCAAGGAAAGAAAAGCACCCAGGUGUUAAGUUCUGAGCUGCCGCUUAGUGGACGUUGUAAUAGCGCACAUUAAGAAAUGGCACAUCCACAGCGCAUUGUGUUUGCAUUUUACUGCAUUCUGCUAGUUAAUAUAGCAGCGGUGUGUGGGCUAACAUCCAGAGGAAAUUUUGAUGAUUACCAAAAUGAAGUGUACAGUGACUACGCGAUGGAUGGCAACAAAAAACUUCGUUUUCCAUUUCUGAUGCCCUCAGUUCGACCAACAACUCCGGAAUUGUACUUAUGCACUCCCAUUAAAGUUGACCCAACAACAACUUAUUAUAUUGUGGGCUUUGAACCUAACGCAACGAUGAAUACGGCACAUCAUAUGUUAUUGUAUGGUUGCGGGGAACCAGGAACAACCAAAACAACUUGGAACUGUGGAGAAAUGGCAAAGGCAUCUUCUGAAGAAACGGCUAGUCCUUGUGGUUCACAUUCUCAUUCUCAGAUAUUGUAUGCCUGGGCGCGGGAUGCACCAAAACUUGAAUUGCCUACGGGAGUUGGCUUCAAAGUAGGGAAGGGCACGCAAAUAAAAUAUAUGGUUUUGCAAGUACAUUAUGCUCACAUUGAUAAGUUUAAAGAUGGCUCUAGAGACGAUUCUGGCGUAUUUUUACAAUAUACGGAGGAACCUUUAACGAAACUAGCUGGUGUUCUUUUAAUGGGCACUGGUGGAAGCAUUCCUCCCGUGGCUACAGAGCAUAUGGAAAGCGCAUGUGAAAUUACUGAGCACAAGACAAUCUAUCCAUUUGCCUACCGAACCCAUACACAUAGCUUAGGAAAAGAAGUAUCUGGAUAUAGAGUGCGAUCAAAUGAUCGAGGCAUUCAAGAAUGGACUUUGCUUGGAAAGCGAGAUCCGCUGACACCACAGAUGUUUUAUCCAGUCGAAAACAAGUCUCCCAUUUUAUUCGGCGAUUUUGUUGCUGCAAGGUGUACCAUGAAGAGUUUUCGGCAUCGUGUAACGGAGAUUGGCGGUACCAACGAGGAUGAAAUGUGCAAUUUUUAUCUCAUGUACUAUGUGGACCACGAGGAACCUCUGGACAUGAAAUAUUGCUUCAGCCAAGGUCCUCCAUCUUAUUAUUGGGCCAAUCCGGAUACUGGCCUGCAUAACAUUCCACAUAUCUAAAAAAAUAUAUAUACUUUGAAAAACUCAAAUGCCCGAAAUUGUGUGAAAAAGGAAACCUAACGUAUACCCACUGAUUCCCCUGCAUUAUUUCUAUCGAAUAUUAUAUUAAAUGAGCGGAUAUGAUCAACGUUGAACGUCAUAUUGUACCUUGUAUGUGUGUGUGUACCUUUUUAAUAUUAUUAAAAUGACCUAUUUUUUGUGUAACUAUGUAAAUAAAAUAAAAAAAAAUAUGUA